CUUGUGCGCGUAACACCACCUUUUCGCGAUUCAUCCGGACAGAUGCGCGCUAGUUCGUCCUAAAUCAUGUGGAAAAUUGCAACCUUGCUUAUCGCUAUCGGUUGGUGCAGUCCGAUUGACUCAUACUAUGGAUUUCCUCUGAUAACAGAACCCAUGGAAAUCUGGGAUAUCCUUAAGGAGAAUUCGACGAGUACGACGUUCAGGAAACAGGAUCAAUCAAUUCAAGUGUAUCCCGGUGAAGAAUGUGACCGAAAAUGUACCGUUGGUGAACCGUCCCGGGUUUGCUACUUUCAUUGGGUGCUCGAAAAUUACUCUGCCAUGGGAUCAGCCUGCUGGGAUUGCCUGCGGGGGAACCGAGCUCACUGCUUCCAUCCGCAAUGUAUAACCGCUAAUGGAAUGGAGCGUGCUAUGGUGGCCAUAAAUCGUAAGAUGCCCGGUCCUCCCAUAUUCGUUUGCCGCGGGGACACCAUCGUGGUAGACGUUUCCAAUGAAAUGGAAGGCAUGUCCAAUACAAUCCACUGGCACGGUUUCCAUCAGCUGAAAUCGCCCUGGAUGGACGGAGUGCCAAUGUUGACGCAGUGUCCGAUCGCUCCCAGCUCCAGUUUCCGUUACACGUUCCAAGCGGAAGAACCGGGAACUCAGUGGUAUCACUCUCAUGCGGGGUACCACAUGGCCAAUGGUCAUCUCGGAGUGGCCGUGGUGAGAAACCCAUUGGAUGUGAAUGCGGAUUUGUACGAUUUUGAUCUGUCGGAACAUGUUAUACUUCUAUCGGACUGGACACUGGAUUCAGUAGAACGGUGGGUUCCGGGCCAACAAAGCACUCAAAUGAAAGUUGACUCAAUUCUGGUAAAUGGUCGUGGCAGGUAUUCUAAUGAAGCAACGGGUGUCAAGGUCGAUUAUGUUCCAUUGACGGUGUUCCGAGUACAGCAUGGUAAGCGGUAUCGGUUUCGCUUAAUUAGCGGUGGUAGUCAAUACUGCCCAUUCCAGUUGCAGAUCGAAAAACAUCAAAAGACUAUUAUUUCAACGGACGGAGGAGCAGUGAAACCUCAUACGGUUGACACGCUCAUAUCGAUUUCCGGUGAACGGUAUGAUUUUGUACUAACAGCAAACCAACCACCAGGUAACUAUUGGGUUCGAGUACGAGGCAUCGGAUUCUGCAAUUCCCAACGGGUCGAAGGAUUGGCAAUCCUGUCCUAUGCCGACUCCAGCAUUCCCACUGAAAAACUGAUGUUCCCGGAACAGGUUCCCCCUUCGUAUGACAGUCCAUAUCCGCUCGGGCGAACAUUGAAUCACCACAUGACGGAGUGCUACAAGGAAGGGGACGACUUCACCUGUGCAGCUGAUCUGGAAGCACAUGAAGUCCAUCGAGACCAUGAGCUCAUAGAUUCUCAUCCAGAUGUGCGAUUAUUCUUGGGAUUCAAAGUCAUCGAAGCCAAUAAUAGCAUGCUGUUUACGCCCCCUUUUACAAAAUAUGCAACCGUGCGUAACAAGUUCAACACGAUUGGUGUUGCAAACAAUAUUAGCUUCAUCUCUCCCAGUUUUCCCCUUCUAAUUCAACCGGAGUUGAUAGUCGACGAAAACACGCAGUUCUGCAACAAUUCUCAUCUGCCAUCGGGGUGUGAUAAAUUGCACACAUGCUAUUGCACCCAUCGACUGAAGGUGAAGCACAACGUCCUCGUAGAGUUCGUCCUUUACGAUACGGCAUUCCUGAAGCAAGAUUUCUACCAUCCGUUUCACCUUCACGGGCACCGGUUCAUCAUAACGGAUAUGGGAAUGCUGCCGGAUGAAGCCAAAACCUUGCGGCUUAAGUACCUACAGGAGCGGGAAUUCACUCGAAGGCCGAACAGCCACAAUCCGCCCUACAAGGACACGAUUUCGAUUCCGAACGAGGGCUACGUGAAGGUGCGCUUCAGGGCCAACAAUGCAGGAUUCUGGCUGGUACACUGUCACUUUGAGUGGCAUCUCGGUACCGGUAUGGGCUUGGUCCUACAGGUGGGUGAACCGUAUCAAAUGUUGAAAGCACCGCCGGAUUUCCCUCGAUGUGGAGACUAUGGGACAAAGCAACGUGCAUCUGGGCAUCCCUAAUGAUGGGAAUCACGUGGGAAAUCUACGUUGUUCCGGUUAAUGUAGAAAGGUACUUAAAUGGCGGAUGGAUGAUUUGCAUUUGUUGGGAGUUGUACAUUGUGGAUGGAGCAGUUGAAAUACAUCUGUAGAUAACUUGUACUAGAA